CUGCGAAGAAGCAGCAGCCGGAGCGACAGACUGUGGGCUAAGUUUGUCCGCCCUGGCUUCCCAUCACGAGUCGACGGGUCUUUGUUUCUGUGAUGAACAAGUACCUCCGCUUUCGCUUAAAAUUCACACCCAAAGUAGAGGCGUUAGAAACGGUCAAGUGCGCUCGUGACAUUUUGGAUAGUUUGUAGCACAGACAGAGAAACAGGAAAGGAGAGAGGGAGGGAGAAGUGCGAGCGACUCCAAAGUUGACACUUCGCUGUCAUGUUUGGUACUUGUUGAAUAGGCUGUGUACAAACACAACACUGCAGUGUGUGCGUGGGCGGCUGCGUGCUGGGAACAGAGUCUUCUGCAUCACCAUGAGGCUUUAAGGGCACAAGGAGGACAGUGAUGGCAGAGCUGGAGAUUGACCAGUCCAACCUUCCACGUGUCCAAGAAGUGUGCCAGUGUUUUGCUGUGCUGGAGGAUGGAGCGCUGGCACACAACCUGCAAGAGCAGGAGAUCGAGCAAUACUAUACCACCAACAUUCUGAAGAACCAGCUUGUGCAGAAUGACAUCCGUGUAGCCAAGAAGCUGCAGGAUGAAGAGGAGGAGCAGCAGGCCCAGCAGAGUGCCCUUCAGAGACAGGCCUCCAGACAACUAGAGGAGCAGGACUUUGAGUAUGCCCGUGUGAUUCAGGAAGAACUCCAGAGAUGUGCUGAGGAGGCUCAGAGGAGGGAGCUGGAUGAUGAGAUGAUCAGGAGAGCAUCCAAACUUGGCACACAGGAAAUUGCCAAACGGUUGCAAGAAGAGGAAGAGGAGAGUAUCAGGAGACGAAGCAGAGGGUCAGGGAGCCAUAGUGAAGGAGCACCACUUCAACCAGAGCUGAGUGAAACUAAUCUGAGCCUGGGGGAGCUGCAGCAGGUUUUAGAAGAUGAAGAACUGGCCCUCAAGCUACAGGAGGAAGAGGAAAAGCUGUUUAGGAGGAACUCUCAGCCAUCUCAACGUUGUUCUUAUCCAGAGGGGGACUUCAGAGUAGCACAAGUGGCACAGGAUGAGGAAAUUGCACGAUUCAUGCAGAAACAAGAAAUUAAAUCAAAGCGUAGAUCUCGUGAGCUGGAAGGGCCUGAGUCUUGGCGUGAGCAUAGGGCGAUGAUAAAUCAUCAUGACAGACGAGCUGCAAGAGAGAGACAGGUCCAACGAGAGAGACUUGACUCAGAGGGCCUCCCUUCCCCGACUGAGGACUGCUCUCCAGAGAACCUUCCGCCAAGUCCCACCACCACUACACCAUCAGCCCAGCAGAUUAGAAACAUUGCAGAGGAAUUGGAUCCAACCUUCCAGGCGAGGAGGCAAGGCACAAUGAACCUCCAAAUGGGACAAAUAGGUCCAGCUUCUCAGCCCCUUCCUGUGCCACAGUCAGGUCUAAAUGAAAUGCUUGAGGAGCCUACAUUUAUUCCGCCAACAAAGCGUCAAACAGACAAAUCAGCACGAAGUAAAUCCAAAGAGAAGAAGGAGAACUGCAAGCAACAGUGAUCUCCAAAACUGUGUUCUGCUGUAGGCCAUACACCGUUUCUUUUAUAACACUUAAUCAGUUUAGCUAGAGUUCUCAUUGCUUAUUAUUUUAGGGUUAAAACUGACACGAAUAGCAUUCACUCAGCUGCCCCUACUAGCACUUUUUUAGAGCAGUGGAAUAAGGAGACUUUUUGGAUUCUUGAUUAAGUGAGUAAAGACAACAUUUUAAAAUCAUGUCUUUUAUAAAUGCUAAAGGGAAAUGUUGGGUUUGUUAUUGUAUUGUAUUUUAUCUGUAGUUAACCAGUAUACUGUCAGCUGGAUCUCUCAGUCCUCCCCAAGUUGUGCCUACACUUUAUUUACAUUACAAAUACACUAAACCAUCCAAGUAGACUACUGUGUUCUGCCACUUAAUAUAUAACUUCAUCCCAUUGUCUAAAUCAGAAUCAGAAUACUUUAAUUAUCCCUAAAGAAAUUAUGUCUAAACUAGGUAUAAUG